AUGCCCAAACGCUCCCGCGAGACUGAGCGCGAGUCCUCUUUGGAGGACGCGGCUCCUCUCUCUCACUCCCUCAAAAAAUACCGCGCCGCCGCCCCCGCUUCCGGGCGAUCCAACCACAGCUCCGCCUCCGGUACGAAGAUCCGGCACCCGCGAGUCCACCUGGGUUCCGAUCAGGCCGAAAAUCCUGAAGGCGACACCCAUCGGAUCCUCAAGGAGAAGUCCAAGCCCCCCGCCCCGAGCUCUAGUCGAUCUGUGCGCAGCACAGCUUCUAGCUCGAGGGGCCAACACCAUCAGGACGACAAUGAUGACGCCGAUCAUCAUCCCCACAAAAGGCGUCGGACCGGUCCGACAACACAGCAAAGCGAGGACGACCAGUGCCUCCACCUCGCGCUUUACGCCGUCCGCUCGGGCGGUUUAUUCCUGGAUUUUGACAGCUGUCUCCAGAUCGGCGUCUAUCGCGCCCUGGAAGACCUCGAAGACACCGCGCUUCGCCGCCUCACGACGACCGCGUCUAACGAUUAUGAUGGAAUGAAAGAUCACGAGGUGAUCUUUUGCGAUAGAUUAUGGCAGUGGAUCGAAGACCACUGUCCAUACCUGCAAGAUCUCAUCCGCUCGCCCUCAAAAUUCAAAGAGCUGCGCGGCCGCAUUGGCAAGAUCACAGAAAAGAUGGGCGUGCACCGCGGUAACGACAUCAAGAACUGCAAGCAACACAUCGGUUCUAUUGCCGCCGUCAACUCGAGCGCCGGUCUCGAUCCCCCGAUCACCCACUUGUCGCAGCGCGCAGAGCUCGGGUUCUCGCACAAGGACCUCGCUCGCCUCCUUGUCCCUGUCGCCCACUUCAAAACAUUUAUGGAGGACGAAGAAACCGUUCGACUUCAGAUCAAGAACGGUAACGCACCAUUCGUCGUGCGCUCGAGUCUCCUCCCCUCCUUCAUGUACAGAGGCAAGCAUCUCUGUGGUGAUCAAUUCGACCCAGAUCGUCCAUGGAAGGGUCUUUGUGACGGGUUUUUACUAGCUCGAUUUUUGAAGAUGCUGUUCAUCAAUCCGAAGGCGUCCCUGGCCGCCAACGCUUCUACGUUCGUCAAGCCGCGCAGCAAUUGUUUGCUGAUGGAGUCGCCGAAGGUCACUCGCGAACAUGUUGCCUACGCCAUGAUCAUUCUUCGGUUUGUCAUGUGUUCUGCGUCCCAGUGGCCCAUGAACGAUGGCGACUACAGUUUCAAACGGGCCCAUAGUUAUUUCGUCGCAUGGCUCAACGACGAGCGCGUCCAAACCCAUGUCGACGCGAUACUAGCCCGGAUCAACAAGUUUGUCUAUGGUCACGAAGAGGGCUACAAGCCCGGGCGAUGGAACGACGACUCGGACGCAUCGGGCGACGAGGAGAACGAUUUCGACCGUCUCCUACGUCUCCCCCCGAGCCCAGCCUCGUCUGACAGCCUCACGUAUGGCCGUACGCCGCGGUUGAAGACUGUCGACCUCGAAGUCGAGCUCGACGGAGACACUGAGCUUGUCUCAACGUCACCUGAGCCGACUUUCGACGAGGCGCUCGACGGAUCUGCGCCCUCCUCGCGCCCUCCAUCGACAGCCAGCAAGCCGCCGUCCGCGUCAGCAAGAGGCAAGGCUAAGAAGACCGUCUUCACCUCCGACGAGGAUGAAGACGAGCCCGCCAUUGCUUCAAAUGUUCGCCCCGCCGACAAGGACGAGUCCUCAUCCGUCUCGGAGCCCCGUACUCUACCUCCGGCUCUGGUGUCCUCGUCCUCCAUCCUGCGCGGUGCGGUCAACGUCGCCGACAAGCCCCAGCCGACUCAGCGCACCAAGAACAUACCCGCGUCCUCCGGUAGCAAGGCACCAGCGAGCGCUAUCGAGUCCGACCUCUCUUCAAUUGAAGAAGAUCCAGCGCCGGCGCCAAAGCCUGCCACUCGAACCAGGGCAAAGAGUGCUAGGAUCAGUACAGGGGGAAAACCACCGGCGAAGAGGACUGGCAACUAG